GGACGAGAGACUGUCAAUCAGAGACCGACAGAGAGAGAUAGAGUGUGGACUCUGCACCACUGUGUGUAGCAAUUUGACCACAGAGGACGAUUUACUGGACAUACCUUAUAAACUGUGUGAGUGUGUGUGAGUGUGUGUGUGUGUGUGUGUGUGUGUGUGUGUGUGUGGAGAAUGAUGGAGGCAUCAGACGUUCACGAGGAAGUGAAGGAGAAGAAGAAGAUCCACUUCGCCGUUCCCUCUACAGCCCCGACCCAGCUUGACCCCCGCCAGGUGGAGAUGAUCCGCAGACGGAGGCCGACGCCCGCCACACUGUUUAGAGUAGCUGACCAGCCGUGUGCAGAGGACGACUACAGCACAGGGCAGUGGGUCGUGGGUGAGAACGGAGUCCUGAGACCAAAACAUCUCAAUCCCAACGUCUACCAGCCUCCUUCACUGAAAGCUGUACAGCAGAUGGCUGAGGCUCACAUGCAGAAGUUGGGUGUGUAUCCUCACAUGGAGGAGGACAGAGAGGAUGAAGAGCGAGAAUUAAGGUGUACUACUGAUUCACAGACGGAGACGAGCUCCAGAGACGAGACGAGUAAAGCACCAAGUAGUGACAGGACUGAGGAGGAAGAGGAGGAAGAGGAAGAAGAGGAAGAAGAGGAAGUAAAACAAAAGGAAAAAGAAGAUGAAAGGGCAGAUGAUGAGAAAGAAACAGUGACGGAUGAAUAAAAAAAUCAAAAG